AUGUCUGUAGUCAUGGGCCCGACAGAAACUAGUGCAGGUACCGGUACAUGUUUCCUACAGCCCGUACCGGUCCAGCAGUUCGCCCAUCGGAUCUCUUCCCACAUUUAUCGGGUCGACUCCGGAAUUCUGUUUGCUGCAUGUGUCUUCAGCCUCGGCCGACCCACUCAUCCUCCGAAGUCCGACAUCGACUUUGAAUGCUUUGCCCACGUCGAGACUAGCAGGUUCACUGUGCAUGGAAGCGUCCGCACCGACCGAGGCAACUCUUGCGACGCAUGA